AUUGGAUCAUGCUGGGGAUGUUGGCCGGGGAAUUGCUGACGCUUCGACCGCGCAGCAGCGGCGGCGCUGCCAGUGGGAGUGGCGAUGGCGAAAGAAGGUAAUUAUUGGCGGCCUCGUCUGCUCAGGCCACCGUUCACGGGGAGGUGGGGCCGCGUCCUCGCAAGGUUUGCUUCAGGCGUUGUGGGUGGCUUGUCGGAGGUCCUUCGGUUUUUUUUUGGUGCCUUCCUAGCUUGGGCGCGAAGGGCGGCGCACGGGAUGGCCAGGCGCCGCCGCAGCUCCUCGAGCCUGGCCUGGGCCGCCGUGUGCACCUCCUGCGCGACGCCGGCGGUCCUCGUGGCGGGCCCGGGGCCUCGCGCGCAGGUGCGGUGCCAACCCGCGCCGAGGCCGGCGGCCGUGGGCGGCCCGGCCGGGCGGCCCGCGCAGGAGGCCCUGGCGGACCAGCCGCGGUCUCGGCGCGGCGCGGCGCUGCUGGCCAUCCCCGCCGUGGUUCGCAGCUGCGGAUACGAGUACGUCAGGGGCCCCAGCCCGGAAGCGGAGCGGGGCUGGAGAAGGCGAUCGCAUCCAUUGCUCCCUGAACCCGAAGAGAACCUGGAGGACCUCACUCGGAGCGGUAAAAAGAAGGCGGCGGCGUGGGUGAGUAGAGCGAAGCCGAGGCAGGCUGCCGAUAGGUCGGUUGCGCUGAUGCAGCUCAUGCUGGUGAGAGACCCAAGGGUGCUUCCCUCUGCUACGGGGCUGAGAGCACCAGAGACUGUGGCUAUUAUAUGUCUUCGUACAGCACGAUGGCCAAGGUGGAGGCCUACCUGGAGAGGCAGGCGGAGGAAAAAGAGCGGUCGGAGAAGGCAAAGGCGGAGAAAGCCGAGGCUGCACUGAAGGAGAGGAAGAGCGCGGAAAGGCCAGAGGUGGUAACAAGCUCCACAAAGUGAAGGCCAAAACGUCAGCGAUAACGAAGACCAGCGCAGACGGGCCGGGAUCAUUGACAGGUUGUGCGCAGCGAGGAGAUCAUCCCAGGUUAUUCCCAAGGGAUUUGUCUCAGAUUGUGUCGCGGAGAGGGUGUGACCGCUGAGCACUCUGGGGCCACUAGUAGUCAGUCCACUCUCGGGCCUGGAGCCCGCAAUUGAUCCCCAUCGUCCAUCCUACAUCCUGGGGAGAGGAGAAGGAUCGACGAUGGAGGUGGCGCCUGUCCCAUCGCGCCGGUGCCGUGUCCGUGCCUUGUCCAGCGCGCGUUUGGUGUGGGGCGCCGUCGGCGCGCGCCCUCGAAGACCGACAGAAAAGGCGACGCGCCGGAGCCACGAGCUCGGGAGCUCGCGAAA